AAAAUAACACGAUGGACGUUAAGAAUUGUUUGUAUUGAAUUCACUGUGUGAAGUAAUUUCAAAUUUAAAGUGUUGGUUAACAAACUAAAAAUAUGUCUGCUAAAGAAUCAAAUGAAGAUCAAUUAAAUAAUUCUAUAUUUACAACUACAAGAAAUAUGGAAUUGGAAUUUCUUAAAUCACAAUUAAAAGCUGCCUCAUUGAGUUCAAAUCCAACAAUAAAAAUAGAAGAAUGGUUGCAAUUGUUUGAGAAAUGUUUGUCUAUGUGCAAACAAGAGUUGUACGAUGAAAAUAUUUUUAGUCAAAUUUUACCAACGGUUCAUUCUCUUCUAUGUCAAGUUUUCAAAAUAAUUAAUAUAUUUUUAACAAGUACUACAGAAUCAAACAUUUUGAGUAAUAUAAAAGACAAAUUAUUUGAUAGUAUUGUGGAAAAGUUUCCAUUGAAUAUGUUAAAUCGUUGUCUGAAACGUUACUUUCUUCUAUAA